AUGGCAGUAAAGAAAAUGGCUAAGAAUAAAGGUGAGAUAAUAGAAACUAUGCAAGAAAUUAAGCAAAAAAUAGCCCAGGUGAUUAAUAACAUUAAAGAGGUGAAAAAGAAAGCAAAAAUAAGGAAAAAAGAUAAGAAAAGCAUAGAUGAGGAAUUAGAGGAUAUAGAGAUAGAGGAGGAAAUAGAAUAA